UCCAGUCAGCAGACGGCGAAAUGCGUCUUUCAGGCGACGCUGCCAGCGUGACGUAUAAUCUAGUGGACGGGUCUUCAGAAACAGCUCGUCAACCACCUCCGUAGCUUGCUAGCCAACAAAGCCGAAAGAUUCUAGCUAUUUAUACACUUUUACUAUAACUGUGUUUUAGAUACACUUCUGUCGUAUCUACUUGUUAACCUAUUUAAUUCAAUAUUACGUUAUUUUGUAUUAGUCAGCUAUAGUAUUUGGCUGGUUAAGUUAGCAUUAGCCUAGUCGCUAACGAUAGAUAGCUAGCUAGCUAACAUCCCCGACCAUGAGGUCAGUAAACAUCUCCCCUCCUGUUAAAGAAGAGGAGUUCUGCUGGAAGGAGAAAGAAGCUCUGGGGCUGAACAUUGUCGUGAAAGAGGAGGAGGAAGUCACAGUUAAAAAAGAAGUAGAGGGUGAGGCUGUUACAGUGAAAGAAGAAGAGAAAGACGUUUCAGUGAAAGAAGAGGAAGACUCGUUCAGAGUGAAAGAAGAGGAGGAUGUUACUGUGAAAGAAGAGGAGGGUGUAGUUUUUGUAGUGAAGAAGGAAGGGGAGAUUACUGUCACAUUGAACGUUAAAGAGGAGGAGAUAGGAGAACUGAUUAACACCAGAGAGAGACGGGACUAUCGUGGAUCCUCUGGGGAGUCUCAACAUCAUCAUGAAGCUGAAGGGGGAGAGAAGAAUCUCUCCAGAUCAGAACUCCUGAAGAAACACCAUCAGAGACCCACAGGGAAUACAUCUUUCUGCAAAUCUACAUCAGAACUUAAAAUACACCCGCGAGUACACACAGGAGAGAAAGCUCACCACUGUUUUGAUUGUGGGAAGAGUUACUCAAGAUCAGAUGCACUUAAAGUACACCUGAGAAUUCACACUGGAGAGAAACCUUUUGGCUGUGAUCAAUGUGGGAAGAGUUUUACUCAACCAAACAGCCUGAUAGUACACCAGCGGACACACACAGGAGAGAAACCUUAUGGCUGUGAUCAAUGUGGGAAGACAUUUACUGUGUCAAACUCCUUGAUAGUGCACCAGAGAAUACACACAGGAGAGAAACCUUAUAGCUGUCGUCAAUGUGGGAAGAGUUUUACUCAACCAAACAGCCUGAAAGUACACCAGCGGACACACACAGGAAAGAAAUCUUAUGGCUGUGAUCAAUGUGGGAAGAAAUUUACUGUGUCAAACUCCUUGAUCGUGCACCAGAGAAUACACACAGGAGAGAAUCUUUACCAUUGUUCAGAUUGUGGGAAAAGCUUUUCAACAUCAUGGUCAUUGAAGGUGCACCAUAGAACACACACAGGAGAGAAACCUUAUGGCUGUGAUCAAUGUGGGAAGAAAUUUACUGUGUCGAACUCCUUGAUCGUGCACCAGAGAAUACACACAGGAGAGAAAUCUUAUAGCUGUAGUCAAUGUGGGAAGAGUUUUACUCAACCAGAUAGCCUGAUAGUACACCAGCGGAUACACACAGGAGAGAAACCUUAUAGCUGUUAUCAAUGUGGGAAGAAAUUUACUGUGUCGAACUCCUUGACAGUGCACAAGAGAAUACACACAGGAGAGAAACCUUUUAGCUGUCAAUGUGGGAAGAGUUGUACCACAUCUAGCCAACUAAUUGUACACCAGAGAACACACACAGGAGAGAAACCCUAUAGCUGUGAUCAAUGUGGGAAAAGUUUUGGUACAUCUGGCUGCCUAACGACACACCAGAGAACACACACAGGAGAGAAACCUUAUAGCUGUAGUAAAUGUGGGAAGAGUUUUACUCACUUUAGCAGCCUGAUAGUACACCAGCGGACACACACAGGAGAGAAACCUUUUAGCUGUGAUCAAUGUGGGAAGAGUUUUACUACAUCUGGAUAUCUGACUAUACACCAGAGAACACACACAGGUGGACAAACUUUGUAGCUGUGAUCAAUGUGACAAGAGAUUCGUAGUAGUCCUACGACUAUGUCCAAUAUACAUUCGGUUGAAAGUGAAAGUUGAGAUGUUUUUCUGGACAUUUUUUUUUUAUUACUUGAAAACAACAAUUUCAACGUACUUGCAGCCUAUACACAAGGACACAAUAUAAUAAAUUAGUCUAUAAUCAAUUUUAUUAACAAUCCUACAUCACUCCAGUAUUUCAUGACAACAUUCAAGUGCUAAUUGUCUUUAUUCCACUACUGAAGAAGCAUGACUCAAAUCACCUACUCAUAUUUCAAACAUUCAGUCUGACAAAAUAUAUUUAAAAAAUCAUUACUCCAUGCCUCACUUGAUAAUUCACAUUUACAAUUCAUGUAACAUUUAGUAGUCAUUUAUGCAACCAACUGGCCAUUUCUGGGUACAAUUAUAUUGAUUUCUUGCCCUUCUUUUAGAAUAUCAGGAAUCAAUCUCAGAUGUGCCAACCCAAAUGUACUAGAGCAUGACAUUUUGGACUGGGCCCCGAUCCAACAACAUGCCUAUCGAGUGAACCCUGAAAAGAGAGAGAAGCUCUGCAUUGAGGUGGAAAGUUACUAUGAAUAUUGCAGGAGUUUCCUCUUGAAAUCAGACAUUAAGGAGCUAGUUCUAGAAGCUAGUGAGUUUUAGGAUUCUAUAGAAAGAAAAAUGGGAAAAAAUAAUACAAUUGUAUAUUAUUAUUUAGAAAUGUUUUUUCUUGUUUUUAAUUGUUGAUAGCCAGUAGACACCAUGUUUAUAUUGUAGAAGGUGAAGUAUUGUAGUUGAUUAUAAUGGAAGUUUUCUGUUGGUGGUGAGCAAACUUGUCCAUCAAACAAAUAGGAUAUAUUUGUUGUCUUUAAGGCGUUACAGGCUUUGUUUUUUUUACUGUUUUGAGGUUAGCACGUACUGAUUGGUGUCACCUCAUUAGUCAGUAUAUGGUACACCUGUGCUGGCUUGUCCAUCUCGUUAGUGGGAAGGUGUUUCACCUGAGCUGGUCCAGGUUCUAUUUAAGAGUGUCUGGCCCAGUGCUCCAGUUGUCUUGAUAGAUGUGGAGAGUCAACACCUUUAGUUGCUUCCUGUCUUUAAGUUUGUGGUUUUUCUCUUCUUGGGCAGAUUUAGUGGGUGUUUUUUAGUUCCCAAUUGUUGUUACUUGUCAAUUUUCAGUGCCACUCCUAAAAAACAAGCUUAUAUUUUUGGGUUGGAUAUUGCGUCCAAUUAAUAUUUUAAUCAAUGGCAUUUCCUUAGUCUUUCAGUUAUUAUUGUUUAUUUUCAUAGUUCUUUCCUGUGAAUGUGUUGUAGAAAUAAAGCUUGAUUUGAACAUAUUGUAAGACAAAAGAACCCAAUGACAUCAACAGACUAGCAAAACCAACACACAUCUUUGUAGGAAAAACAGUACAUGUUAAAAUAGUGCAUGGUAUGUACGUUUAGUAUCACUUUUCCACCAACCCAGUGCAUUUGCUGAAGAUGAAACAUUUUGAAAUCAACAAUACGUCAAAGGAUUCAAUUACUGAAAACUGGAUCAAACAGAUCCAGCCUGCUGAAGGCGUGGUGGAGUGGUAAACACCACCCCUGGCUCUUGUCGUGGAAAUUUCCUCUAUUUACCAAAUCAUGGGAGCAAACCACACACAAGUCAGAGUUAGUUAUAAAAGUCCAUCUUUAAUUAUAUAAGCUCUAUAGCAUUUUGACUUUCAACAGUUCAGUAUCUCUAAUGAAAAGUUGAGAGUCCCCACACAAUGGCAAAAUGGGAUCCUUUAUAGCAAAGAUCACACAUAGUCAGACAGCAUAGACAUAAUUCAUCGUUCAGCUUUGUCUCCUUUCCCAAACCCCAGAACCAUAAACCAAUCCUCCAUAUCAACAGGCAUAUAUCAAAUUGUCAUUUAGAUACAACCCACUCUAAAUACAAACUCACGGAGAGGAGAGUGAGGCUAUAGGUUAAGAUAAAAGGGAGCAUGAGAAUGAUUCCAGACACUGCCACCCUCCUUUCCCCACUAGAAAAAGGUAGGGAGUAAAAGAUAUGUUUACACAUGAUGACACUUUGACCUCUCCCCUCUCUGUGGCCCAUGCAACUUAGUUUUGACAUAGAACAGAUAACUGCAACCUCGCCACAGCAUUAUACAAAAAUACCAUUCUGAUGAGAAGUAACUUACACCCAUUUGAUGAAUAUAAAAACAUCUUACAUAUGUUACCAACAAAUUCUGAAUCUUCCCUAACACUCUACCAGGGACUUGAGGUGAUCUCCCACAUCUCUGCUUAUGUCAUGUUCUGUGGCCUUGCCGUUCCAUUUCUUGACUGCCCCUGCAACACAGAAACACAUUUAGUCAUAUUAUAUAAAACACUCAAAGUAAUGGAUAUGGAGCAUCUAUGGCCUCAGUUACACCUGGCACCUAAAUGUAACUUCUGUCAUCUGAUCACUCCAAGCUGCAUUAGGUUCAGAUCUAGAAGGAUGGGCCUUUGACAUAGUCUGGAUGCAGUCAGGCCACUAAAUAUGCAUAAGCAAUGUAAAGAGAUGGGGGAAUGAGUGGGGAAAAGUACAUUUGACACAAAUUACCUUCAUAAUAUCAAAGAACAAAUGUGUGUCUGAGAGGAAAUUUACUUUCAUACAGCCAAAUGGGGUGAGAAAUUACACCAAUAUCAGUGGACAAUUUGCACUCAUGUAAAUAAACAUAGAUGGAACAUAUUCCCUUUUGCUGACGUGACUAACCACUAAGGGGACACACACAGGAGAGAAAUCUUUUAGCUGUGAUCAAUGUGGGAAGAGUUUUACUACAUCUGGAUAUCUGACUAUACACCAGAGAACACACACAGGUGGACAAACUUUGUAGCUGUGAUCAUAAAUAUUUACCAUCUAAACCAUGUGUGACCUCUCACCUCUCUGGCUGACCAGUCCCUCAACAGCUCUCUGACUGAGCUCCACCCUCACUGGGUCUUCAGAGGAGAAGAAGGAUGAAUAGAUCAGUCAGUCAAUAUGGUGUAGAGCUGCUGUCUGACAAAAUCACUAUUUUAGUAGUUAAUUAAAGUAAAUCAGGCUUUAUGACUGCUGAAUACCAACUAUCAAUCACUUAGAUAAUGUAUUUUCAGGUAUAGAUACAUCCUUGGGACAUCCCUAGCCGGUUGAAGUUGACAAAAUGGUUAAGGUUAGGGUUUAGGGUAGAAAUGUCCCAAGGUUCCCAGAUUGCAUGAUGGUCAAAGCUUUCUUCUGUCUCUUUCACAUAGCAGGUGUAAAAUAAAUAGGCAAGACAUGUCGGCAAGCAAUGGAUUAUGGUCAGUGUAGUUAAUUAUGUUUUAUGUGCUAAACUGUGUCGAAUAUUGGCCUGUUGGAUACUCCAACUCCCUACUACAUCACACAGUUCAGUCUGGGUCUGAUUUAUCUCUUGACUCGCUCAAGACACACCCAUCCGGCAGACAGGCCAAAGGCGCUUGCUGGCCCCAAUUCGGGGAACCAUUGAUCUACUUCAGAGGAACUGUGUCUACAGUGAUUUCCUGUUGGUUUGACACCUCACUAGAAGACUAGAAUAACUACCUGUUGCUACAGAAUGAGACGACCAAUUCAAAGUUAGUCUGUGUCUCGUUCUCCACACACGGACACAUACCAAGAUCACGUGUUUUCUAUAUGCACAAGAUAGUUUGACUAUAUAAGGCUUCUGAACUCCUUGUGUCAUCGAGCUCUCAGCCUUCCACCUCAGAGUGUAGGACUGACCAGCUACAUUAUUGCAAUUGUUAUCAAAUAAAGGUUGAUUGUUUGAAGA